CCACUUUUUAACUUGCGCUUAUCGGUUUAGACACACAUUUAGUCUACGUUCGUGAGAAACCUUACUUCUCCUAUUAGCUUUUUGAAAGUUAGAAGAUCAAAAAUGAUUCGCCUUUGCAUUUUAUUAUGCGCAAUAUCAACAUCAUUUGCUGUUCUUCAUCUGAAACUUACGGACUGCAAUCAUAGUCCAAAUAAAGUGAUUCACGUAGAGCAUGCCCACUUAAGUGCGGAUCCAGUCCACAUCCCUGGUCCUGAGACUGGUAGCAUUGACGUCCAAGUUCUAAAGCCGAUAGCCGGGAACCAUUUCGAACUCAGUUUGAUUGUAUCCAAAAAAGUGUUAUUUGGUUUCGUCACUGUUCCAUGCAUAAGUAAUGUUGGAAGUUGUAAAUACGAAGUUUGCGAUCUGUUAAGUGGUAGGAGUUUUAACAACACCCACCAUUGUCCGAAUGAAAUUGUGUCAUCGACGCCAGAUUUCCCUUGCGCAUGCCCGUUCCAGCCUGGAAACUACCACCUCAACCCCACGACAUUCAUCAUACCGGAACUAGCCGGAGUGUGGAAAUUUCUUGCGUCGGGUGACUACAAAGCUCAUGCUGAAAUAAAGGACACAUCAACAAACGAGGUUGUUGGAUGUUACAAUGUUCAGGUGUCAACCGAAGCCGACUGCAGCGGAUUCGGAUGUAUUUUCGGAAAGAAAUAAUUCCAUUUCUGUUAUUCAUUACACGACUUUACAUAAAACAAAAUAAAUCA